ACACACAUACACACACAUUUUUAAUACCAAUUGAAAUGUUACUUUAUUUUAUAUAUCAGCAAUCGGAAUCAUACAAGGAUACUUUUAUGGAUUUGAUUUCAAAAGGAAAAUUUGAAAACGAUGUAUCGAACACAUUAACCAUGAAGGAAGGAAAUAGUUCAUACACUUUUGAAUGUCCUGUUACGCCACACUGUGAAGACUACUAUGUCAUUCAGCACUAUAAAAUUAACACAAUUCAAAAUAUUCCGUCAGAUGAAAGAUGGAAACAUGCGGAAGCUAGUAUUAAAAUUCAUACAUCUAAUAGAGAUACAAAAGAUUCAAACAUUUCAAACAAAAUCAAUGAUGUUCUUCGAGAAAUAUUGGACCGGGUUUCAGCAGAUCAUAAGAAAAAAAUUAUCAAAAAUACUAAAAAGGAAAUUAAUCACAAUUUAAAUGUAUAAACUGUUUUAUUAAUAUUACAAAUUGUAAAC